CUUCUCUCUUUCUCUCUCGCGAAAACAGUUCACUGGAAUCUCUCCAAGCCCAAGAUUCUCAAUUUCGUUUCUUUUCGCUCAAGUAAACUUAGCGUCAAUGCUUGGUCUCUAAAGCUAUCGACUUUGAAGAAGAAGAUCGAAUUAGGGUUCGGAAUUGUUUAGGCGGUUGGUUUCUUUAUCAUCAAACAAUCGAAACUCUGAAGUCAAUUCAAGAUUUGACUCGCUUAUCUUUGGGCUGAAGCUAUCAUGGCGCAGAGUAAUUGGGAAGCUGAUAAGAUGCUUGACGUUUACAUAUAUGAUCAUCUGGUGAAAAAGAAACUGCAUAACACUGCUAACUCGUUCAUGACUGAAAGGAAAGUCUCUCCGGAUCACGUUGCAAUUGAUACUCCUGGUGGGUUUCUGUUCGAGAGGUGGUCUAUGUUCUUGGACAUCUACAAUGCUAAGACGAAAGAGAAGCUUUUAGACUCUGCUGUAGAGUAUGAGCUUAACGUUUACAUAUAUGAUUAUCUGGUGAAGAAGAAACUGCAUUACACUGCUUACUCGUUCAUGACUGAAGUGAAAGUCUCUAUGGAUCCUGUUGCAAUUGAUACUCCUGGUGGGUAUCUUUCUCAGUGGUGGUCUGUGUUCUGGGCCUUCUUCGUUGCUAGUACGAAUGAGAAGCAUUCGGAGUCUGCUGCAGAGGCGCAUCAAGGAGGUGUUUCGGCAGCAAUUCAGUCAAGCAUUCAGCAGACCCCUCUUAUCAACAUGCCGCAAGGACAGCAAUCUUCUUCUCACCAACAAGAUCCUUUUCAAUCACAGCAGCCGUCAACGUAUACCCCUGUCGAAAGAGUAGCUAUAACUCGUAACAUGCCAAAAGGGCCAAUGAUGUAUGGUUAUGAUGCAAACCAACUGCGUUAUGAGAUGUGGGCUGACAUGGACCCGUUUGGAGAUGUGGGAGCCCUAGAUGAUGAAGAUGUAGAGAGAGUGUUUAACUUCAUAAACUGGAACCCUUCUGAGUAUUAUAUAGAGGCGCAACAAGAUAAAGCGAAGGAGCAGCAAAUUCAAAUGAAGCAACCGAAUCCAAUGAACACUGAGACAUCCCAACCAGGAACAACCUAUAAUGGUGAGAUGGAUCAAGGGAAUCAUCAAGGAGGAGGUGUAUCGGCAGCAGUACUGAAGCAACUUAAGUCACGAACUCAGCAGACCCCUUUGGAAGCUGGAGAAGGAGAGUCACGUAAGCGAUGCAAAUGCAAAAAGUCCAAGUGUUUGCAACUUAAGUGUGAAUGCUUUGCUGCUGGAGUCUAUUGUUCUACAGAGCCACCAUGCUCAUGUUUAUAUUGCCACAACAUACCUAUUCAUAACGAUACCAUCUGGGCUAGUCGCGAAAACAUCGAGUCUCGGGACCCACUUGCAUUUACUCCUAAAAUCAUCGGUAGAAGCUCAGAUUCAGUUCAAGAAACCAGGGAGGGCGAUGCUAGCAAAACUCCAGCUUCUGGCCGCCAUAGACGUGGCUGCAACUGCAAGAAAUCAAACUGUUCGAAGAAAUACUGUGAAUGCUUUCAGGGCGAUGCGGGCUGUUCCAUAAAAUGUAGAUGUGAAGAUUGUAAGAACACAUUCGGCGUUAAACCUUCUUCUUAGCUUCAGUUUCCAAACCCAACAAAGAAAAAGAUAAACAGUUGGGCAAAAGGUUAUAUGUACAUUCAUUUUUACUAUUAGAAAACGAAGUUUGCUUUUUGUAAAAGAUAUUUGUUGCAAGGGGAAGUCGAACCCGUGUGUGGGAAAUGAGACUUAGGUUCAAUGUAGUCAUAUAAAU